AUGCUGGAAGUACUCGAUACCGCGGGGCAGGAGGAAUACACAGCAUUAAGAGACCAAUGGAUUCGCGACGGGGAAGGUUUUGUCCUGGUAUACAGCAUAUCGUCAAGGUCAUCCUUCACAAGAAUUCAACGAUUUCACAAUCAAAUUCAACGGGUGAAGGAAUCAUCAGCAUCUUCGCCUUCGUACCCCGGAUCACCGAUAUCUUCUGUGGCACCUUCGGCACCAGUACCUAUAAUGCUUGUUGGAAACAAGAGUGACAGGGUUACAGAACGGGAAGUCUCUACACAGGAGGGUCACGCAUUAGCACGGGAGCUGGGAUGCGAAUUUGUCGAGGCGUCGGCGAAGAAUUGUAUCAAUGUGGAAAAGGCAUUUUACGAUGUGGUACGACAACUGCGCCGCCAAAGAAUGCAGAACAAUAUCAAGGCUAUGCAAGGCUCAGGAAGAGGGCAACGAGCCGCGACCGGUGGAGAUGGACCUAUCCGGGACAACAAUCGAAUCUAUCGUCCAGACAAGAGAAGGACGAAAUGCACCAUCCUCUGA